GGAAUUCUUGCUUGGACGGUCUUACGUGUCAUUACGAGAGUUCCAGUGAUUCACGAACCUCCCGGGACUUCUGCUGGUCAAAUCCAGCUUUUUCCUCUUCCAUGUGUUGGUGUUGAUGAACUGUGUCCUCUUCGGUAACUGUUGCUAACGGCAGAAGAAUGAAGGCUCUGAUCCUGGUUGGGGGCUAUGGGACUCGGCUGCGACCGCUCACCCUGAGCGUUCCCAAACCGCUGGUGGAGUUCUGUAACAAACCCAUCCUGCUGCACCAGGUGGAGGCGCUGGUCAAGGCCGGUGUGGACCACGUGGUUCUGGCUGUGAGCUACAUGUCAGAGCUGCUGGAGAGAGAGAUGAGAGUCCAGGAGCAGAGACUCGGGAUUCGUAUUUCUUUGUCUCAUGAGAAGGAGCCUUUGGGAACCGCGGGUCCCCUGGCUUUGGCUCGAGAGCUGCUGAACAUCGACAACGAGCCGUUCUUCGUCCUCAACUCGGACGUCAUCUGUGAUUUUCCCUUCAAAGAUCUGCUUCAGUUUCACCGCAACCACGGCAAGGAGGGAACCAUCGUGGUGACGCGGGUGGAGGAACCCUCCAAGUACGGCGUGGUGGUGUUUGAGUCGGACAGCGGGAGGAUCCAUCGCUUCGUUGAGAAGCCGCAGGUGUUUGUGUCGAACAAGAUUAACGCCGGGAUGUACAUCUUCAAUCCCAGCAUGCUCAGCAGGAUCCAGCUGAGACCAACAUCCAUAGAGAAAGAAAUCUUUCCAGUCAUGGCAGAGGAGGGACAGCUGUACGCCAUGGAACUGCAGGGUUUCUGGAUGGACAUUGGUCAGCCCAAAGACUUCCUGACAGGGAUGUGUAUGUACCUCCAGUCGCUACGACAGCAUGCUCCGGAGAGGCUGCAUACGGGGCCCGGUUUCCUUGGCAACGUCAUGGUGGACCCGACGGCGCAGAUCGGGGAGAACUGCACCAUCGGUCCCAACGUCACCAUCGGCGCCGGCGUGGUCGUGGAGGACGGUGUGAGGAUAAAGCGGUGCACGGUGCUGAAAGGGUCGAGGGUUCGAUCGCACUCCUGGCUGGAGAGCUGCAUCGUGGGGUGGAGCUCCUCGGUCGGCCAGUGGGUCCGCAUGGAGAACGUGACGGUGCUGGGGGAGGAUGUGAUCGUGAACGACGAGCUUUACCUGAACGGAGCUAACGUCCUGCCGCACAAAUCCAUCAACGAGUCCGUCCCAGAGCCGCGCAUCAUCAUGUAGCGAAACUCCCGAUGCCUUUUCUAUGAACUGAACACCCAAACUGUGCCAGAGAAAUACAGGGACGAACAAUCGGGCUGGGGGAGAAGGAGGAACAAAGGGCCGCUUUUUGUUUCUUUUUAAAAAUUGAUUUGGACUGGUUUUAGCCCUGCUUGGCUGCAUCUUCCACCAGUAAGACAAAAACAGACAGCAGGGAGGUUCAUGCUAAUUAUAGGGGUCAAAUGCUGGUGGACGAUAAAUACAAGGAAGACGAGGGAGGGACGGAGGAAUGGUGAGGAGGUGAGAGCAGCAUGGACGCUGCUGUUUAGAUUCCCUAUGCAUUUACACUGAAGGAUCAAACCACAUGUUGAAAUCAUGACUAACGAAGCUGAGAUUCUGAUCAGACCUAUUCAACAAAAUGCAAUAUUCAACAUAGUUCAGUGCAGUUUAGUUUGUGAUGUGGACAGCACAACUGUAGCUGUUAAAAAGCAAAGAGUUAGGAACCAUGUUUGCAUCUACCAGAUGAAUGUACCAACUCUUCUUCAUCUCAUCACAACGUGUAAUUUGAUCUAUUUUUAUGUAGAAAUACUAAUUAGUGCAUCUUUAAUUAGCAUCACUGUCAGUUUUGUGCUGUUGCCUUGACAACGGUUUUUCCAUACGUAAAAAAUGAACAAGAUGUAGCUGCAGUUUAUAGUCUGUUUACAUGUGUUUGAAUGAGAUUGAAUCAAUGGCGUAUGAGGGCCACUGUAGGUACUAAAUAAGUACAUCAGUAGAAAUACUACUGAGCUGACGGAGGAGAGUCAUUUUUUGAGAAAAAAACUAAAUGAGAUUAAAGUUGUGAAUUUAUGACAAAAUCUUGUCUGAGUUUGAAGUUGUAAAUUUACAAGAACAACCCUCUGAUAUUUUUUGAGAUUAAAGUGGUAAAUUUAUGACAAAAAAAGACUAUUCUCUGAGAUUAAAGUAGUAAAUUUAAAAAGAAUUUGGAUAUUCUCUUACAUUAAACUUGUAAAUUUCCAAGAAAAAAAGUUGAAUGUUCUUGAAUGUUCUGUAAGAUUGAAGUGCUGGAAAUGGACAUUCUGAGAUUAAAAUUGUAAAUUUACGAGAGUAAAAACUCUAUUCUGACAUUAAAGCAAAAAAAAAAAAUUACAAGAAAAACACAAAUUCCAUGAAAUUAACACCAAAAUUUAAGAUGGAAAAAACAUGGAUCUUCCCUGAGAUUGAGGAGGUAAAUGGAUGAGAUUAAAGCUCUGAUAUGCUCUGAGAUUAAAGUCAGAAAAAAACUCAGAUAUUCUCUGAAAUCCAAAUCUUCAAUAUACAAAAGCGUGGAUAUUCUCUGAGAUUAAUAUUGUUAAUUUAUGCGACAAACAAACUUCUCUGACAUGUACAACAUGUAAAUAUACAAGAAUUUAUUCUCUUACUUUAUUUUUUUUUAAACAUGGUUUUUCUGGUCUAAAUCAAAUUGAUUUCCUUAUUGUUGGAUCUGAAAAUACAGUUUAAUGAAUUAAAUGAAAAGUACAUGGAGUUUUUUCUCUCAAUGUCAGAUAAUUUCUCAGAAUAUUUCUCCUCCUCCAGCUGGAUAAUUGUUUUUUUUUUGUUUUUUUUUUAAUAAUUGAAUCUACAGUGGUGUGCAUGUGGACUGAUUUAGUUUUGUUUUGGUCGUUUCUGAAAGUCAUGUUGUGGUUGAACUCAUGCUGUACGGAUGUCCAGGUGUAUGCCAGGACCUGGUGACAUCACAGGGGGGCGUGGUUACAGGUGCAGCAGAAGUUUGAGGGAAUUUAUUCUUUGGAUUAAUUGUGAGGAAAGUUUUUAGUCAUGCUGAAAUUCAUUCAUGUUCCUCUCUAAGUCAGAAGUACUUGUUCUCUGUACGGUGGCCGUGUCCUCCUCAGCAGCACAUCAGUUAGCUACAGCUAGCUCACCUGCCAUUUGUUAGCAUGCUCCACCAGAGUUCAGUUCUUCCUAGUGUUACCUCCAGCUUUGUUGUACAUUUGAGUAAAACUCAACGGGCUGUGAUGUGGAUUUUGCCAUUAAAACUGUGUUGGAUGACUGAAUGAACUCAAACCUUCAACUUGUAAGCUAAUGUGAUCAAAAUAUAUUUAAAGUACUCAGGAAAGAUUAAAUCUGGAUGUGUUGGUCAACAGUUCCUCUCUAAAAAGUGAUAAAUAUGCAAAUGUUUAGCCUGUUGGCACGCCGUUUUAGCAUUCAUCUCAAGUUGAGGCUGCUGGGAAUUCACUGUUUACUGAAACGUUGGUCAGCUAAAAACUAUUAGUGACACUAGUAGAAAUUAGGAUGACUGAUUUAUAAGCUGUUUCACCGGCUGACUGACGACUAUAAUAGACAUUUAAAAUGAUGUUCUUUAUGAACAUAAGGGAACAGUCUGCUUGACACAGACUUGAUUCCUGAUUUGUGUCGUCCUGGUUGUAAAAAUGAGGCAGGUGUUACAUCAUCAGACGGCUGAUAGAGUGAAAUAAAUGGUUCCUGGAGCUUAUCCUUGUUUCAGAUCAGGACUAAUGAUUCUUCUACAUGUGACUACUUCUACAUACUGACAGUGAACAUAUGCAGCAGGUGGUUCAGACGCUCAGCACUGGACAGUUGUACGGUUGUUAUGAAGUCACUGAUGAACAGUGUGAAAAACGAAACAUGUAAAGGCUUUAUGUGUGAAUGAAUGAAGUCAAUUCUUAUGAAGUCUUUUUUAAAAAGAGAAUAAUGGAAUCUACUGAUCACAUCUA